AUGCAUCUGUCGGCAGCCGAACUGAGGGGACGACAAGGAGAUGGUUCAAUCCAACCAUCGCCGACUAGCUCUCUCAGCCUGUCCCUAAGUUUGUCACCGACUGCGACCUCAACUACCUCCUCAAUAUCACCAACAGCCACCUUACCCUCGACUUCCACUACAUCCAAUGCCCCGCCGAAGUUUAUGCCGAUUGUUAUCGGUAUCAUAGCAGCCGUUCUCGCGCUCAUGCUCCUAUUUUUCGUACUUCGACACACACGGACAAAACACAAAAAUCCGAAAUAUAUCCCAACGCCAUUUCUCAAAAGACUUUGGAAGAAUUGGGAACCAAAUGCCGGCUCGCGCUCUCACAGUCGAUUGCCGGAUGCGAGCGACCGUCUAGAGCCCGUAUCUACUCGGAGUAAUGGAUCGAGUCAACUGCCAAUAUCUGGUGGUAAUGCUGCGACACGUGGAAAUGAUGGGACGAACACCGGACCCGAGACGACAACUGCCUCAGGAGUUGGUAGGAACACUUCUGUCAGAUCGGUGAUGACACUGCCGGCCUACAACCCAGACCCACAUCAGAGCGAGCAAGUCUUAGGGCGGGAAGGAGAGCGCGGUGGAAUCGAUGUAGUAGUGGAGUUCCCUGAAAUGGAAGCAGAUGAAGAACGGUUGCGAGAGGAAGAAAUGGAGGCACUAUACCAAGUCAGGCUUGCGAGAAGAAGAGAAAACGAAGAGCGCGAGGAGCGGCGCAGAUUGCGGCGAGAAGCAAGAGAACGGGGCGACUGGGUGGCUUUGAGGGAACUGAAUAACAGGGCGAGAGCUUCCUCAACGGCAAGCAAUGGCAGAAGCGUUGAAGAAUUGCGGGCCGAGCACGAGCGGAUCAAGAAGGAACGUCAAAGAGCCGUUUCUUCUGUAUCAUACGGAGAUUUAGGUGUGGCACGACAUGACGGAACAAGAUUGAGAGCAAACAGCAUGGAGAGCGAAAGAGAAGGGCUUUUGGGAGACGCUGCCAGUAUCGCAGCAAGUAGCCAUUACCACCGCAGAGACCGCAGUGCCAGUUCAGUGAUCAGCAUCGACACAAUCAACACCGACUUCCCAUCGCCUGGUUUGACUCGCUCGCGAGGUAAUUCCAGAGCAGAAAGUCCGUUUAGACAAAUUGGCAGACCAAGUCAGGAUGGUAGCAUAACCAACGAGGGACGUGCAGGCAGCAGUCCAGAGAUGGUCGAGCAUGAAGAUUUCCCACCCAACAGUCCUCCUGGUUACGAAAACAUUCCUCUCGAUACUCAAACCGAUCAUCACCACGAGCCUCCUCCAAAUUAUUCAAGUCCGGUUGUUGGAAGAGGAGAAUGGAGGCCAACUUUUGAGUCGAGCGAAAGCAGCGGAAAUGGACAGGGAACAAGGACAAGCCGUGUAGGAGAAAUAAUUUCUGAGCAUAGAGGCGCUCCGCCAGUCGCAGCUGAUGAGCGCGAUCUUGGAAGUUCUUCAUCCUGGACGGCCGGUGGGAUUCCACAACUCCCAAGUCUUCAGCUAGACUCGCUUCCAUCCAUACAAGUUGACCCAGGAAGUCCAAUCAUAGAACCGAGAGAUCGGCAUUGA